ACAUCUGAGACAGAAGAGACAAAACACUAGGAUGUGCUUCCCCAGAAUGUUUAUUUGCAGUCUGUGCUUGUCCGGCCUGUUUUGUAGGAUGGGGCAGAGCCUCCCUCUUGUGUAAAUGUUGUUAAAAGAUUCCACACCAACAUUAAUGAAAUCAAGAAUGCGGACAGAAAUCUGGAGAUAUGUGCCAUGUGUUGGAAAAAUAAGAGUGAGACAAAAGUUUCCUAUGCGCUGAAGAAUCGUGCUGUGAAGACGUAUGAUGUGGAAACUGGUGAUGUUGACGAUGAACUGGAGUGUUCUGGUGGAGAGGGAAAGCUGACAGGAUUAGAAGUUUAUGACAAUCACUACAUAAGCUGUGUGGAAUCCGGAGCAUUAAGAGUUUGGGAUGAAUCUGGUGCUGUUAAGACUGAAAUCGAAGCUGGAGAAAAUGUGUGCAAACUGGUGCAGAAUCGCUGGAAACCCAACCUGGUUGCCACAGGAGGAAAAGAAAACGACCUAAAAGUGUGGGACUUGUCAAAUCCGACAGACGUUUUGUUUAAAGCGAAAAAUGUGAAACAUGAUUGGUUAAACUUGCGAGUGCCUGUUUGGAUUUUAGACAUGUCUUUCUUACCCGAUAGUCAAAAAGUAGUCAUGGCCACUGGACAUCACCAGGUUCGAGUUUAUGAUCCAUCUGCGCAAAGACGACCGGUCUUAAGCAUGGAGUUUGAUGAAUAUCCUCUAACGGCCAUGGGACUUGUUGCAAAUGAAUAUCAAGUUGUUGUUGGGAACACCCAUGGCAAAAUGGGACUGUUGGACUUUCGCAAGGGGAAGUUACUUCACUGUUUCAAAGGGUUUGCUGGUGGUAUCAGAUCCAUAGAGUGCCAUCCUACCCUGCCACUCAUAGCAUCAUGUGGACUGGACAGGUUUCUACGGAUACACGAUUUAAACACAAAGAAGUUACUCCACAAGUUUUAUCUAAAAUCACGAUUGAACUGCCUCCUGAUGAAAUCUGACGGUUGGGAAACUGUUCCCGGUGGUGAGGAAAUCACCGAGACAGCAGAAGAUGCAGAAGAAGGUAUGGAAGAUGGAGAAGGUGGUGAAAAGGAUGACCUCUGGGAUAACCUUGAUGAGGUCAGGGACAGAAAACGUAAACACCAGGAUGAGAAAUUGGGAAAGUCAGCAAAAAUCUCCAGGGAAAAAAUGCCAGAUGGAAAGAUAACUGUCAAAGGUGACAAACGGAAGAGAGAGAAAAGGAAGAAGAAAGCUAAAGACUGAUGAUUUGACAGGACUACACUGCUGUGGGAGACUAUACUUGGGGAUCAUCACAUCCUAAACUAGGAUAAAGGCGUCUUCCAAAGAGUAUGAAAAAUAAAAUGGUCUGAAUCAUGAUUAUGAUACAUGAAGUACUAUGUUAACCUUUGUGAUGUACUUUUUGGCUCACCGUAGGGGAGUCUUUACAAUACCGCAGUGUCCGUCGUCCGUCGUCGUCUGUCGUCGUCCGUCGUCGUCGUAUCCUGUUUCAAAAACAGUGGCACGUUUCUUAACCGCUAAGCCUAUGAACUUGUAACUUUGUACACAGGACUCCCUUGGUCAGAUGACCUGUGACACUAAAUUUCGAUCCGAUCUGAUUCUUAAUUUGGCCACCAGGGGGCCGAAUGUAGAUAUCUAAAAAGUGUGAUAUCUCGCUUAUUAAUGACUUGUUUGGAAUGAAAUUUUUGUGGUAGGUACUCAUAGCAAGGAUACAUCAUAUAUCAUACGGGUUUUUAAUUUGACCUACUUUUCAAGGUCACAGAGGUCAAAUGGCGUAAAUUGGCUGUUUCAGUGUAACUAUGGCACGUUUCUCAACCGCAACAGCUAUGAACUUGAAACUUGGUACAUAUAACCCCCUAUAUCAGAUAACCUCUUGUGCUGAAUAUCGGUCCGAUCUGAUUCUCAAUUUGGCCACCAGGGGGUCGAAUGUGGAUAUCUAAAAAGUGUGAUAUCUCGCUUACUGAUGACUUGUUUUCGAUAAAACUUUUGUGGUAGGUACUCAUAGCAAGGAUACAUCAUAUAUCAUAUGGGUUUUUAAUUUGACCUACUUGUCGAGGUCACAGAGGUCACAACGCAGACACAGAUAUGGCCGAAAUUGCAUGUUUUGUGUUUUUCGUGUUGUGGCAAUCCAAAGGUCGUGAGUUCAAACCCCGGUCAGGGACGGCCAAAAAUAUUUUUUUAUUUUAUUAUUUUUUAUCUUUUCCCUUUUGUCUUUUCUGACUUGUAUCUUACAUUUUCUUGAUUUUUGGCUCACCGUAGGGGAGUCUUAUGUAAUACCGCAGUGUCCGUCGUCCGUCGUCGUAUCCUAUUUAAAAAACAGUGGCACGUUUCUUAACCGCUAGGGCUAUGAACUUAAAACUUUGUACACAGCACCCCCUAGGUCAGGUGACCUCUGACACUAAAUUUCGGUCCGAUCUGAUUCUCAACUUGGCCACCAGGGGGCCAAAUGUCGAUAUCUAAAAAGUGUGAUAUCUCGCUUAUUAGUGACUUGUUUUCGAUGAAACUUGCGUUGUAGGUACUCAUAGCAAAUAUACAUCUUAUAUCAUACGGGUUUUUAAUUUGACCUACUUUUCAAGUUCACAGAGGUCAUAUGGCGUAAAUUGGCCGUUAGAGUGUAAACUAUAGCACGUUUCUUAACCACUAAAGCUAUGAACUUGAAACUUGGUACAUAUAACCCCCUAUAUCACAUAGCCUCUGGUGCUGAAUUUCAGUUUGAUCUGAUUCUCAACUUUGCCACCAGGGGGCCAAAAGUGGAUAUCUAAAAAGUGUGAUAUAUCGCUUAUAAGUGACUUGUUUUCGAUAAAAUUUUUAUGGUAGGUACUCUUAGGAAGAAUACAUCACAUGUCUUACGGGUUUUCAAUUUGACCUACUUUUCAAGGUCACAGAGGUCAUAUGGCGUAAAUUGGCCGUUGGAGUGUAAACUAUGGCACGUUUCUUAACCAGUAAAGCUAUGAACUUGAAACUUGGUGCAUAUAACCCCCUACAUCAGAUAACCUUUGAUGCCGAAUUUUGGCCUGAUCUGAUUCUUUAUUCGGCCACCAGGGGGCCAUAAUGGAAAAAGGAAGAAGUGCAAUAUCUUGCUUAUUUGAGUGAAUUGUUUUCGAUAAAAUUUUUAUGGCAGGGACUUCUAGCAAGGAUACACCACAUGUCCUACGAUUUUUGGAUUUGACCUCCUUUUCUAGGUCACAGAGGUCAAAUGGCGUAAAUUGGCCAUUAGAGUGUAACUAUGGCACGUUUCUUAACUGCUGAAGCUAUGAACUUGAAAGUUGGUACAUGUAACCCCCUACAUCAGAUAAUCUCUGACACCGAAUUUUGGCCUCAUCUGAUUCUUGAUUUGGCCACCAGGGGGUCAAAACUGAAAAAGUAGGACAUGCAAUAUCUUGCUUAUUAAUGACUUUUUUUCGAUGAAUUUUUUAUUGCAGGGACUCUUAGCAAUCACACGAUAUUGAUCUUGUUGAUGUCAUAGACAAUUAUUGGUUGGAUCAUAAACUUAUAUAUACUGCCCUGUCUUAUUACUUGACAUCAAUACACAUCUAAAAAAAGUCUUCAUGCCUGAUUGUGUUCACCAUAUUCACCUCUAAACUAAGCAUGAUCCUGCCUACUAAAAGAUGUAUACGGUGAGCACAAUGGCC